AACACUCAGGCAUUCAUUCACAUGCAAGGUGGAGUACGUCGCAAGCGAAGCUGCGCAGUCUUAGGUUUGUUUUUAAUUUUUAACCAUCGCUUUGGUUGAAAAAAAAAGUUUUUUAACAAGCUCUGAACGUAGCCUACGUGUGGAAAAGCUGGGUUCCUUCCCCCUCUCACAAUGCAAUAUGGAUGAACUGGGCCUGAACACUUAACAAGGCAAAAGACAGAAGAAGCAGGAGCAACUGUGAAACAGCUCACCGCAAACCCAGAACUUGUCCCGGACCUUUUUUUUUUAGUCAACAUGUCAACGCCUACCAAGCACGAGAAAACAGUUUGUGUUCUCCUUCCCAACAAAAACCAGCUGGAUGUCACUGUGGGGCCAAAGUCUACAGGACAGGAUGUUUUUAACCGUGUCGCGGAGCUUCUUGGAAUUAAAGAGCUGCGCUUCUUUGGCCUCACUGUGCUGAAAGAUAAUGAACACAUAUUUUUAGACAUGGAAGAAAAACUGUCGAAGUACUUUCACAAGGAGUGGAGGCAAGAUUCGGGAAAGGGAUCACUGAAGAGGCCGUUUCCCAUACUGCUCUGCCUGAAAGUGCAGUUCUACGUUGAAAAUGGGAGACUUUUUAGUGAGAAGAAGGUGCGGCAUCUGUACUACUCUGACCUGCGGGAGCGAGUUCUGCGCUCUGAGUGUCGUCAGCAGGAGGAGGUGUACUUCCAGCUGGCAGGUUACGCUCUGCAGGCUGACCUCGGUGACUGCCCGAUGCAGGGCCGGGGCAUGGAGGUCACCACCUAUUUUGAACCCAAGGACUACUUCCCCCCCUGGAUUAUAGCUAAACGUGGGGUGAAGUACCUUCUCUGCCAUGGUCCCAAGGUGCACCAGGAGAUGUGGGGCAUGUCCACCCGUGACGCCAUUUUCUGCUUCAUCAGAGACUCGUGCCAACUGGAGGACGUCCCUGUCACAUUUUACAGGCUGCAGAAGGACAAAAAGGAGGAGAGGGGAACAGCGCUGCUUGGUCUCACCCUGCGAGGAAUGCAGGUUUAUCAGGAGGCGAACAACAUACGACAGCUGCUGUACGACUUCCCUUGGUCUAACGUCGGCCGCCUAACUUUCCUGGGUAAGAAAUUCGAGAUCCAGCCAGAUGGCUUGCCAUCAGCCAGGAAGCUGGUUUACUACACCGGCUCGUCGUUCCGCUCCCGACACCUCCUCUUGCACCUGAGCAGCAGCCAUCAGGUCUACCUCAGCCUGCAGCCGGCCCUCAAACACCUGCGACAGCUGGAGGAAAGUAAAGAGAAGCGUUACAGAGAGUCAUACAUCAGCGAUGACUUGGAUUUGGACCCGCCAGGCAGUGAAGGCAGCCCCGGUCUUUCGCGACACUCCACUGGCAGCUCAGGCAUUGAAGCAGAUGCCCGCCAGCACAGCAUCUGUCCAGAGAUGACCUCCAUGGGGGAAGAGGGUCCACAGCUGGAAGAGAAAUGUUUGAGCUUAGCAACCAGCCAUGACAGCUCCAUCACCCUGGAGUCAGACACGAGCAGCAAGGCUCAAAGAGAAGAUCACCAGUGCCAACAAGAAGGAGAGCUCAAAAAGACCGGUGUUGGUAGUCCAGAGGAGGCUCUUGUUGAUGAUCCUUACGAGAUGUUCCAGUUGGCUGAUCGUCUUGAGGGAGUGUCUGUGGAUUUUGCAAACCACUCUGCAGAGACUCAAUCAGCAGAAAACAAAAGGCAGCCUCCACAUGCUGAUCACCAUACCGUCUUGCCGACCAAGAAAAUGUCCAGACUGCAGACCUGCCCUAAUCGCCACAGCCACAGCCUAGAUGAUGUCCGUCUUUGCCCAACCAAUUCGUCCCUCGGCUACAGCUUUGGGCCCGCAGAUUUCACACCAAGCACAAGGACUCUGGCAGAUUCCAGCUAUCAUCCCUUUCGGCACUCCCAAGCCAAACCCUCCGUCCAUGGCCACAGGUCUACCAACCGCAUCACCCAGGACACUUUAAAUGACGAACAGUUCCUGGAAUUCCUACUCUGAGAGCCCCCGACACUGAACAAUGAGCCUGAUGUUUUCCUUCGUUUACGGUGCAGCAAAGCAUUCUGACUCCUACGAGUCUGAGUUUAGUGUUCCAAGGUAUAUUUGUGCUUCAAAUUGGAGGGAAAAAUAUGGAAAUUCUCUUGAAACUUGUGACUUCAAUGGUGUAAAACUUAAAAUGGCAACAUUUCAACAACUUAACUGCCCAUAUUUAUUCAUAAUGUAUAUUAUGUACAUAUUGCACUUUUUAAUAAGCAUACAUUUAAAUAUCUUAUCAAAAAUGGACUGUUUUAUUGUCUUUUGUAAAGACCACUAAAUUAUCGUAUUCUGUAAACAGGUCCUGUUCUUUUAAACGUAUAGAAUUUUAUAUAAGGUGAUUUUACAUUUUAAUUCAUGCAUUUCAGCUCUACAUUUGACACUAAUACGAUGUAGCUGACUCACGUUGCUUUUGAUCUAUUAUUGUAAUCCAAUUUUAUGUAUUACUUUUAUAAUCUGUAUUUUUUUAUUGUCUUUUAUACUAUACUGUUUUGUAUUGUGCGAUUUUUGUCAUGCUUCCCCCCCAUAAUCUUCCACAACUAUUAUCUACUGAUGUGGAAAAUUUGACCUUUCACAGAUGGCAGUACGUUCAUCCAAAGCUUGUCCAGUCACACUGUAAUUACACGACAAAUGUAUUUUUUGUGAAGCACAAUUUUUGUAACCCGUAAGUUUGCAAAAGAUCUGCAGCAAUUUUGUAUUAUGCAGCAGACCCCCACACAACAAAAACCUUUUGUUGAUUUAUUUAUUUUUUUUCCCCAUCUGAAUUUUCUCACAGUUUUGGUUACUAGUACAAAGUGUUUAGCUAAUAUGAGCCGCUUUGAAAUAUUUUCACUCAUGAAACAAGCACAUUGACCUGAAGCCUAAUGCUUACGAAAAACGGUGUCAAUACAAAAACUCAAUAUCUUACACUGUAAAAACCACUGCUUUUUGUUUUGUUUUUUAAUGCUUGGAAAAUUAAAUAAAUUCCUAAUGGUAUGGAAUGAUAAAA